AUGUCUUGGAGUUGUAUUGUCUUUUAUGGGUGUUCACAUAAUAGUGGUUUUGAUUCCAUAAAUUCUUAUGAUACACGACUAAAAGAUAUAAAUCUUAGGGAUGAUCUUCAGCUUUUUAUACUGAAUAAGUUCGAGUUCGUUGCAGUUUCCAGUUUUAACCCGCCCAAUCAUUUAUGGAUACAACGGUUGUUGUGUGAAUCUUUUGACGAUGUGCGUGAUCUCAUCGAGGAGUUGAAGAAAGCUUUUUCGGAAGAUGAAAAGCUGGAAAGUAUUCUUAAGAAGAAACAAACUUCAGAUAGAUCAAAUCUAAAAGAUCACUGGACGAACUUGAUACAGGAUAAUGUUGCUUCUCCGGAACUUGAAGUUUCGAAAAAUGAUGAGGAUUCCAUCGUUUCACCCUCACUUCAUUCAAAUGAAUGUUUUAAACCUACGGUCACACCACCCCCAACCCCUACUUGCGAUCAAAAACCAACUAUCCAUUCGGUAGAUAUGCUGCUAGCAGUUUCAAAAGCAAACCAUUCGAUCAAAACUGAAAAUCAAGAAAUUGAGUCAAACAAUGAAAUAGUUUCUAACAGCAUAGAAAAAGCAGACGAUCACAAUGAUAAUAUCGUGCAAAUAGAUGAGCUGAAACAAAAUUGUCCUGAUACGAACAAAGAAUAUCAAAUCAAGCCAGAAUGUACCACUGAACUAGUUCUAAGACCAGAAGAUGAAUACAAUGAACAUAUGGAUCAAAAUCACAAAUCACCUGUACUACAAUAUACUCCUGUUUUAUCAGACAAUGAACUAAAAAAGCCUCGUAAAAAUAGCUCCAUUAAAAACUCCUCAGAGAGUGUUAUUCAUGAACAAGAUUUACGACGCAGUAGUAGGCAGCGGAAACCUGUUCAGGUAUUCAACAUCCAGCCAACUCAGUCUAAACGUUCUAAAUUACCGACUUCAGCUUCAAACUCAUUACAAAAAGUUAAUAACGAAGACGAAAAACCUAAAAAGCAAAAAAUACCUGUCGUAAAAAUACAUCUCACUGCAAAUGGUCAUGUAAUAGACAAAAGUCAAAAGAGAAAAAAGAAACGUCAUCGUAAAAAACCUCGCAAGGGUUCAAACCCUUGGAUUUAUGAAACAUCUUCUAGUGACUCAGAUGGUGAAGACGACUCAUUUGAAAAGGCACUUAUGCAACACUUAGAUGUGGAUAGUGAUGACUCAAAUCCUCAUUCGCCAACAAAGCCGAAGAAGCGCAUAAGUUCUGAGUGGUCAGACGCUCCUGAAAGUGACUUUGAUCCAAACGGGUUGGAUAUUCAAAGUGAUGCUGACAGUGUAACCGAUGGACGGAAUCUGGCCAGGCAAAAACGUCUGCAAAAGAAGUUUGAAUCAAAUCCAAGUACCAAUUGUAACGCAGACGAAAAGGAAGAACCGUGUCAGGUGUGCUUUAAGUCACAUUUACCUGAUUGGAUGUUGUUAUGUGACCGAUGCGAUUUGGGACAUCAUGCUAUGUGUCUUUCACCUCCUUUACAUAUUAUUCCAGAAGGUGACUGGUUUUGUCCUCGUUGUCAACACACUACGCUUAUAUCAGCCUUAAACGAAACGAUUUCCGUUCUUGAAGCCGAAUCGAAGAAACGAAAUAUUUGGAAGCGUAUGCAAGAACGCCUGAAUUUCGUGAAUAUCAGUAUGACGAACAUUCUGGGAGAUGAUGAUAGUGAUUAUCAUGAGCGUCGAAACAAGAAAGGAAAAGUACUGCGUAAUACUCAAAAAAACGAUGUUAAGUAUGCUUAUGAUAAUUCGUGUAGUGAUGAAGAGAAUGAAGAUGUGGUUUCUGUAUCUCAUUCGGAUACUAAAAAUACCAAUUCAAAUACUGAUUCCGGUGUUGACGGCAGGUCUCAAAAAAAUCUAAACAGGCAUCGUCGUCAGGUUCGAUCCAAAUCAAAGAUCCAAUUUUCCAGGCAACGCCGCGUAAACUUCCGAGAAGAAACGUCUGAGGAAUCAGAGUCAUCUGAGUCUGAUUAUGAACCACUUCCUUGUAGAAAUACUCGCCAACGCCAAGUUAGGUAUAAAAUGAGCGAAGCAUUCAAAGAGCUAGAUGAAGCAUUAGAAGCUGACGAGAAAUACCAAGAAGAAAAACAGCGAAAACUAAAACGAAAAACUGGUGAACAUCUUAAUCACGUAGACAGUGAAAGUGUUAUCAACGAAGAAUGUGAGCCUAACGGUCAUACACCUAAGUGUUCACGUGGAAAAGACCUUUCAAAUAUUUUGGGGCCGAGUUGGAAAGAAUCCGAAGACGAGAGUAGCCUGCGAUCUCGUCCUAAAAAGCGUCGCAUUGCUGAUCUGUCUUCUAGUUCUUCUAGUGAUCAUUCAAGUGAAGAAGAUUCAGUUAAUAGCAAAGCAAGACGAAAUAGUCGAGCAAAAGAUGAAGAUUUUAAGCCCCCAUCAUCUGAACCAUCAGACAGUGAGGAUGAUAUUGACUCUCGGAAGCGUAUUUCAAGUGACGACUUCGAACAACCAUCAAGUGACAAUAGUUGGCUUUCAACUGCACGACAAAGUUCUCGUACUUCACGUGGCAAUGCUCGAAAGAAGAGAAAGUCGUCUAACUAUCGUUAUCGAUCUCGAAAACCUAUCCCUUAUUUUGAAGACAGUGAUGAAGGCUCAAGUCGUGCAAAGUUACGGACUAGAAGAUGUACACAAACUGUUGUCAGUUACCGCGAAUCAAACGACGAGACAUCAGAUAAUUCUGAACACAGUUUUUCGGAGGCUCCGAUUACAAAUAAAAGCAAAUUUCGUAAAGUGUUAGAUGAUGAUGAAGAAGAAAACGAAGCCAUUGAAAUCGAUAAAAUCAAUGCUGAUCGAUCUCCAACCCCAAUAUCUGUCAGUCUAAAAGCAAAACGUCCUCGAUCUGGUCGCACAGUUCUAAAGUCUUCUUCUGAUAGUGAUUAUCAGCCGUGUGACGAUGACGAUGAUAAUGAUCAGGAAGAGGAUAGUCAAGGUGAUAGUGAUGACUCUGCGAAAAUAAACAAAAUAAUUGCACCAACAAAUUCCUCUCCACAAUCUAAAGGUUUUACAGAAUCACGAUCAGACAUAUCAGAUCACCAACAUUCAACAUCAGAAUUAGUUAUUUCUGAAACAAGCGAUAUCGAUAAUUCACUUUUUAAAGAUAAUAUAAAAUCGUUUGCUGUUGAAUCAGAUGCAUGUAAAAUUGAAUCAGUAAGUGAUGUUAUGAAGAAUCCAUUGGAUACCUCUGAAAAUCACCUAAAUGGGAAUAAUUACGAUAAUGAUGAAGAAGUGGAAGAUGAGGCUGAUGAGUGCUUGCCAGUUCGUAAUUUUCAACAUAUUUCUCCUCAAUUUGAUAAACAAAUUAUUGAAAAUAAAUCUUGUGUUUCUCCGGAUAUUUUAUAA